AGUGAAAGUAUUUCAGGGCCAGUGAGUGCGUGUUUAAUUGCCCACUGUGAGCAGCCAGCUCCGGCAGCGCUGGGGAUUUAUGUGCUGCUCCUCCUGCUCUGCUCAUGUAACUGGGCUGCAGCUAAUAUAUAGUCUCUAUGUAAUAUAUAUAUUAUCUCUCUCUCUCUCUAUAUAUAUAUAUGUCCCAUUGGCUGAGCUGCAGGGCCGGGGCUUGGAUGGUCUACAUCUCCCUGCUGGCUGCUCUGAAGGAUUUCCCCCCCAGGAGCCUGCAUCUGCAAGGAGGGGGUAAUGAGCCCGUCCUGGGGAAGGAGAUGCUUUGCUUGGCUGAAGUGAAGCACUAAUAUCCGCAGAGGAACCCAGAGAGGAACCGAGAGAGUGGGGAGAGCCUUCCUGCCUUCCUGCCGGAUCCUCUGUCCGAGCCUUGGGUCAGGGGGGAUUGAAUGUGAGUGGAGCAGUAGGAGACACAAGGGGUUAAAGGUAAGCAGAAGCUUGGAGUAACAGCAUGGAAGAGAAUGAGCAGAAUAACAGGGAAGUGGAACCGCAGGAGUCGGGAGAUGAGUCCAACAGGGGGAUCCUUCAUCAGGCUCCUCCUGGGAACCACCAGCCCCACCACAGGAUAACCAACUUCUUCAUUGACAACAUCCUACGGCCGGAGUUCGGGAGGAGGAAAGAAGGAAUAAGCCAUCAGGAUGAGCUCUUUUCUGGCAGAGACAGUGGGGCUUUGUCUGGGGCAGAGAGCGCCCACCAUAGAGCCAAUGCCACCGAGGGCGCAGGGGGCUCCAAAGCCAUCACUCUUACUGGGGAUAAGAAAAGUGACAUAGCCAUGGAAGAAAGCUUAAAAUCCAGAGGGCAUAAUGGAGACCAUUCCCUCAGCUCAGACUCUGACAGUUCCCAAGCCAGCUCCAAAACCUCUCAGCAGCCCAUGUUGUGGCCAGCCUGGGUCUACUGCACCAGGUAUUCAGACAGACCUUCAUCAGGUCCCAGAUCCCGCAAACCAAAGAAGAAGACGACGACGACUGUCACUAAAGAGGACAAAAGGCCCCGAACUGCCUUCACUGCCGACCAGCUUCAGAGGCUCAAGGCCGAGUUCCAAACAAACAGGUAUUUGACUGAGCAGAGGAGGCAAAGUUUGGCUCAGGAACUCAGUCUUAACGAAUCUCAAAUCAAGAUCUGGUUUCAGAAUAAACGAGCAAAGAUUAAGAAAGCCACGGGGAACAAAAAUUCCCUGGCCUUGCAUCUAAUGGCUCAAGGACUUUACAACCAUUCGACCACUUCAAAGGACAGCAAAUCAGACAGCGAAUAGUAGCGGUUCGGUAACGCAAAGGCCUUGCAAUGCAAUAAUUUAAUGGGGAAAUAAAGGGCCAUUGUACAAAGAAUAUACCAGCAUUUGGCUUCGGAGUGUGGGAUAAAUCCGCAAUAUUCUAUGUAAAUAUAAUUUACAGGCAAAAACAAACACAAGAAAAACAUAAAAUCGAAACUAUGGACACAACUCUUUUUGCUUUGAUUUAAUUAUUAUUUUAUUUUUUUAAUUUUAGAGCCUAUCCUUUACCAAUCAUUUUUCUGCUUAGAUUUUAUUUUAUACUAAGCGACGUUGGUGGAUGUUGGACGUCGAAACGUUUAAAAGAGAAACAAAAAACAAAAAACAACAAAAAAAAAAAGAAAACAAAAAAUCAAAAUUCAACAAUUUUUGCGCUAAAGUCCAAAGAUUAAAUUGCUGCAUUUCGCACUACUGUGAAUUUAAUAAAAUAGCUAAUAUGUGUUGUCGUUUUCGUUCUAUUAUCGUUUCUUUGUGUUUAAAAACGAAUAAAAGCAGGAGCCCUGUCCUCUCGCUGUUGUAAAUGAAAAGUGUAUUUUAAUUGAUUUGUUUUUGGGUUUUGUUUUUUUUAAACAGGAAAAAAAAACAAAAAGUUUUAUAGUUGUGUAAAGAGAUGCAGAAUAUGAUUUAUUUAUACACUGGCGGGGUGAAUUAUAGUUUUGCACUUAGCGUUUUUUUAAAUGACAUAUUGGGGCAAGAAAUUGGUUUGUUUGUUUUUUUGGUUUUAUUUUGUUGCUGACAAAUUGUAUCAUUUCCCAGAAAACACUGAAAUCGCAAUGUUAUUAAGUCUGACAGCUGCAUAUGCACUAGGAGCAAGCAGAUAAUGCAUUUCCAAUCGUUGUUUGUUCCUCUGAGGGUGAAAUGGUUAAUGCUGGCACCCUGAUUCAUCCAAUCCAUUUUCCCCGCCCACUAUUACGCAAACCCCCCCCCCCUCCUCCCUUUUACACCCACUCACCCUCCCUGUUUCUGGAUCCCCCUCUGUUUCCAACUUCGCUUCCCUGAAUUUUUAGAAACGACCCUGCAACAUAAUAACUGCGCCCUGAAUCCUGGAGAGAUUUACUGUGUAUCAGACCCACAAACUGCAGCUGAUUUUGCGCCAUUUUUGAAGAUUUAUAAAAUUCAAGAGAACACAUUUAAUCACUGAUUCCAUAAAAAACGAAUGUAAUAUUAAGCCUUUGAUACUGAACUUCAUCUAUUCUCCUAUUGUACAGGCUAAUAGUAUUAAUAUUGUAUAUGUGCCAUUUACCGCCUUGUGCGUAAAAACCCAAACAAUUAGCAGUGUAAAUAUAACGUCUCCAAUUGUGUUUCCAGCCUUGACACUUUUGUUUUCUGUUUCAUUUGAAUGUACAGACGUGUAAAUAAAAUAUUUCCCCUUCUGGUUGAAAACAAAAAAAAAACCUUUUUCUGUUAUAGUAGCAAUUUCUUUGGUUGCUGUUUUUGAAGCUAUUCAUAUCCAGUGCUCAGAUAAAUGCGAUGGUUUCACCAAUAAAGGAUUCAGCAGUGAUUAAUCAGAUAAAUAAGUGGAGGUGCCGGCUUGCCUUAAAUAAUAUUUUGAGUUUUAUUAUUUUGUUGUCAUUAGCUCUCCAUCUGGACUGCCUGUAAGAGUGCAUGCUAUGAUACUGGGGGGCCCUGGAUGACACCCGAAUAAAAUAACAUAUAGAUAGAGAGAGCGCAAUGGGGGCCAACAGGGCGCCCAAUAUGAAUAAUCCCUGGUGGGGGCUGUAGCCAAUGUGCAUUGCUUAUUGCCACAAUUCCGACAUAUCAAUGAAUACAUGAUGCUGUGUGUUAAUUAUCAGUUCCAAAUUGAGAGCUUUCUACCUUGCUAAUCUGAAUGUUUUUCCUUUUUUUCUGGCGUAUGUAAACAUUUCAUUCCACUGUGUGUUUCAAACCUUCUAAGCAAUGCAUACAAUAAAACGUUUUAUUAAACUCA